AUGAUCGAACAUGUCCUUCUACUUCAUGGUUUCCCAGCUAAAGCUCAAUUUGAAAUCAACGUGAAAGUGGAUGAUGUGACGAUUCUGCAAAUAUACAAUGCUUUGGAAACGGGAAAGAAGAUUUUUGAGGGAAUUCAAACAAAUGCUUCAACUGGAAUACUUACCUACAAAAAGGAACAACGUGCUGAUGGAAAGUUUGUUGAAACAUUUGAGGAUUAUCAUCCCUACAUAUUUCAACAAGCACUUCAACUCCCGCAUCACUCAUAUCCAUCAUUCAGUGCAGCAGUUGAUGAGUUUUAUGCAAAACAGGAGACACAAAAACUGGAACAAAAAGCACUAAACAUUGAAAAAGAGGCGAUCAAAAAGUUGAACAACGUGAAAAAGGACCAAAAGGCUCGGAUUUUGGCAUUGGAAGAAGCAAAACGACAACAGGAAAUUAUGGGAGAAAGGAUCGUUCUUAAUGAAUCACUGAUCGAGCGAGCGUUAAUGGUGAUGAGAACGAUGAUCGCUUCAAGAAGUGACUGGUCGGCCAUAGAGCAAUUGUGGAAACAAGCUGUACAAUCUGGUGACGAAACGGCAACUCGAAUUGUAAAGUUAGAGUUGGAAAGUAAUCAAUUUGUCAUGCGUCUCGGGGACCCAUUCAAUGAAGAAGAGCCUCUAGUUGAUGUAAAGAUUGAUAGCGCUUUAAAUGCGUAUCAAAAUUCACGCAAGUAUUUUGUUGAUAAAAAGGCUGCUGAUAAUGCUCAAGCGAAAGCAAAAGAUACAAUUGACUUGGUACGAAUAAAAACAGACGUGGUUAAAAGUCGCAAGCAAUUUUGGUUUGAAAAGUUUGUAUGGUUCAUCUCGUCUGAAGACUAUAUUGUGAUAGCUGGACGCGACGCUCAACAGAACGAAAUGGUGGUAAAACGCUAUCUUCGCCCCGUGGUGAUCAGGAAUAAAAACGUGAACAAUGAGAUUCCUCCAAAAACGUUGAUUGAGGCAGCACAGUUGGCAAUUUGCUAUUCCGGUGCGUGGGAUUCGAAAGUAAUUUCCAACGCAUGGUGGGUACAUCACGACCAAGUUACGAGAACAGCUCCAACUGGUGAAUAUCUACCAUCCGGCUCAUUCAUGAUUCGUGGAAAGAAGAAUUUUCUUUCCCCAAGUCAACUGCAAUUCCCGGAUGUUAAUGUUCCGAUUAAUACACUCAAUCUUGCCGACACACAAGAGGAAUAUUCUAUACUUGAGAUUGGUGCAAAAGCAAAUAGACCUGCUCAACUUGUGCCCCCUGAAACGAGGAAAUAUUUGGAAGAUAAACAUCAGGUCGAGGACCUAACAACAAAAUUGAAGCGAGAACAAGCAGCUGCUGCACGACAAAAGAAGAAACAGAAGCUAAUCAAAAAGAAGUAUGCGGAUCAAGAUGAAGAGGAAAGGGAACAACGAAUGCAAAUACUUGGAAGUCGAGGACAGCCAAAGAAUGUUCCAGAAAAGAAAGAGGAGCAACCCGUUGUUGAGCAAAAACCACGAAAAGAAACAAAACGCGACCCAAUGCGGAAGAAUCCAUCACAAGAAGGAGGAGAUGAAGGAGUAACGGAUGAGAAUGUGGUGAUGCUCGACGAUGCUGUUGAAGAAAAUGUGCAAACGUUGACAGGACGACCGCUUGAAGAGGAUACGCUGCUUUUUGCUCUUCCAGUUGUCGCACCAUAUAAUACGCUGACAACGUAUAAAUACAAGGUGAAAUUGACCCCUGGAACUGGAAAAAGAGGAAAAGCCGUUAAGUCUGCUCUUGAGUUAUUCAUGCGUACUACAGCAGCUGCCCCACGAGAAGUUGCGUUGAUGAAAGCUCUAAUUGGAGAUGAUUCGGCGUCACGGAAUGUUCCCGGAAAAGUGAAAGUAUCGGCUCCUCAACUCCACGCAAAA